AUGUCUGAGAGCAGGGGCGUGAAGCCCGGUCCUGAGCCUUCGGACCGGGUGGUCAUUGGCAUCACUUUUGGCAACUCCAACAGUUCGAUUGCGUUUACGGUCGACGACAAGGCCGAGGUUAUUGCUAAUGAGGACGGAGACCGACAAAUUCCUACUGCUCUGUCGUACGUCGACGGUGACGAGUACUACGGUGCUCAAGCCAAGGCUUUCUUGGUCCGCAACCCUUCUAAUUCGAUCGCUUACUUCCGAGAGUUCUUGGGCAAGGACUACAAGUCCAUCGACCCUACGUACUGCCAUGCCGCCGCUCACCCCAAGGACAAUGCCGGCACUGUUUUCUUCUCCGUUCAGGACAAGGACGCCGAGAGCGAUGCCUCCUCCGUCUCCGUCAGUGAAGCUUCCACGCGCUACCUUCGCCGUCUCGCCGCCGCCGCUUCGGACUAUCUUGGCAAGAAGGUGACUUCGGCCGUCAUCACCGUGCCCACCAACUUCAACGACAAGCAGCGCGAGGCUCUGAUCAAGGCCGCCAACGACGCCGACCUUGAGGUUCUGCAGCUCAUUUCCGACCCCGUCGCCGCUUUGCUCGCCUACGAUGCCCGCCCUGAGGCUGUUGUCGAGGACAAGAUUGCCGUUGUUGCUGAUCUCGGCGGUACUCGUUCAGACGUUGCGGUUGUCGCCUCAAGAGGCGGCAUGUACACCAUCCUGGCUACUGCCCACGAUUAUGAAUUUGCUGGUGUCCAGCUUGACCAGGUUCUCAUGGACCACUUCGCCAAGGAGUUCAUCAAGAAGCACACCACUGAUCCGCGAUCCAACCCCAAGAGCCUUGCCAAGCUACGACAAGAGGCCGAGGCUACCAAGAAAGCUCUCUCCCUAGGAACAAACGCCCAGUUCAGCGUUGAAAGCUUAGCCGAGGGCUACGACUUCUCCUCCACCAUCAACCGCCUGCGAUAUGAAAUGCUGGGCCGCAAGGUCUUCGAUGGGUUCAACCGCCUCGUCGAAGGCGUCAUCAAGAAGGCCGAGCUCGACGUCCUCGACAUUGACGAAGUCAUCAUGUGCGGUGGCACCUCCCACACUCCCCGCAUCGCCAACAACCUGCGCAACAUCUUCCCCGAGAGCACCAAGAUCUUCGCCCCGGCCACCAGCGUCACCGCCAUCAACCCCUCCGAAGCCCAGGCUCGCGGUGCCGCCCUCCAGGCCUCCCUGAUCCAGGAAUACGAAGCCAACGACAUCGAGCAGUCCACCCACCCUGCCGUCACCACCGUCAAGCACAUCUCCAACGCCAUCGGCGUCGUCACCACCACCCCCGAAGGCGAAGAAACCUUCACCCCCGUCAUGCAAGCCGAGACCGCCGCCCCAGCCCGCCGAACCGUGCACAUUGCUGCCCCCAAGGAAGGCGGCGACGUGCUCAUCAAGGUCGUCGAGGGCGGCACCCACAUCAAGGUCACUAAGCCGGAGCCCAAGGCCAAGGAACCCGUUGCCAACGGCGACAAGGACUCCGACGACGACUCCGACUUUGACGACUCAGAUGAAGAGGAGGAAGAGAAGCGAGAAAAGAUCUGGAAACUCGGCAAUCAACUCGCCGAAGCUGCCAUCAAGGGCGUCAAGAAGGGCGGCAAGGUCGAAGUCACUGUUAAUGUCUUGGCUGACCUCAGCGUCACCAUCACCGCCAGAGAAGUUGGUGGAAAGGGCGGUGUCAGGGGUAACUUGGCUGCGUAA